ACUGUGGUCUAUGCAAGUCCAAAUCAUACUUCUAGGGCCUCUCUCUGGUCUUAUUUUGAUAACCUUGCUGCUACUAAUGAUAUGCCGUGGAUGCUAAUUGGUGAUUUCAAUGAAUUGGUUUCUAGUGCGGAUAAGAAUGGUGGCUCUUUUACUGGAAAGUUUGGAGGUCUCAGAAAUUGGAUCAAUAGAAAUGCCAUGAUUGACAUGGGAUUCCAAGGCUCCUGUUUCACAUGGAGUAAUAACAGGGUGAAGGAAAGAUUGGAUAGGGGCUUCUGCAAUUGUUCUUGGAGAUCCUUGUUUGAUGAUGCUUUUAUCCGACAUCUUCCUAAAACCAGGUCUGAUCAUUGCCCCAUUGUUUUGCAGCUUUGUUCCAAUAAUUCUGUUAAUAGGAGAGCCGCUCCUUUUCGUUUCCAGGCCAUGUGGUUUUCACAUGCUAAUUAUAAUGAUUUUGUCUCCUCCACUUGGAACUCUUUGUCUGGUAACUUUUCUACUAGAGUCCAAAAUCUCUCUAUUGCUUUUGCUAAAUGGAAUAAAGAGGUCUUUGGGCACCUUUUUCAAAAAAAGAAAAAUAUCCUUGCGAGGAUUGGUGGCAUACAGAAAGCUAAGGACAGGCAUGAAAAUCUUUUCUUACUUAAACUUGAAGCUGAUUUGAUCCAGGAGUAUGAAUCCAUCCUUAACCAAGAAAAUUUGUUUUGGAGACAAAAAUUUCGUGAUAAGUGGCUGCAGGGGGGUGAUAGAAACACUAGGUUCUUCCACUUAACAACUCUUGUUCGUAGAAGAAGAAAUAAAAUUGAAGGAUUGUAUGACUCUAAUGGAAACUGGUACACUGAUUCUGAAUCCAUGAAAAGAAUUGCUGUUGAUUUCUUUACUAAUCUUUUCUCUCUGCAAAGUGUUGAAGAUAUCAGAUUUACCAUACCUUGGUUGUUUCCUAACAUUGAUCAGUUGAGUAUGGAAAGUCUAUGCAGGCCUAUUACUCUACUUGAGGCUAAGAACUCUCUCUUUGCUAUUGGAGGCCUUAAAGCACCGGGUUAUGAUGGUUUUCCUGCCAUUUUUUACCAACAUCAUUGGCAGCUAUACUCAUGUGAGAUUUUCAGAGUGGUUAUUGAUGCUUUUAACUCUGGCAUCAUACCUCCUGGUCUUAAUCAUACUGUGAUUUCCCUCAUUCCUAAGGUUGAUGGUCCACAACACAUGGCCAAUUUCAGACCAAUCAGUUUGUGCUCAACUAUUUAUAAAGUUAUCUCCAAAAUCAUUGUAGCUCGUAUUAGACCUCUCAUGCAGCAGCUAAUCAGCCCCAAUCAGGUCAGUUAUGUCCCUGGUAGAAAUAUAUCUGAUAAUGUCAUGAUUGCUCAAGAAAUGCUUUUUAAAUUCAAAAAGUCUUGUGGUGGCUUGGGCUUCUUUGCAUGGAAGGUUGAUCUCUCCAAAGCCUAUGAUAGAUUAAGUUGGCAGUUUAUUGAAAUGGUUUUGUAUGAAGCUCAGUUUCCUCAUUCCUUGGUCAAACUAAUUAUGAGCUGCAUUACCUCAACUAGCUUCCAAAUUUGCUUUAAUGGUGAAUUAACUAGCUCUUUCCAUGCUCAAAGGGGUAUCAGACAGGGUGACCCACUUUCACCUUAUAUAUUUGUUCUUUGCAUGGAAAAAUUAUCCCACCUUAUCCAUUCUACUGUUGACGUUGGACUUUGGAGGCCUGUGAGGGCAUCUCAAUCUGGACCUAAAGUUUCUCAUCUUUUCUUUGCUGAUGACCUCAUGCUUUUUGCUGAAGCUUCUCCCAAUCAGGCUGCUGCUCUUAAAAAUUGCCUUGAUAUUUUUUGCUCUCUUUCUGGUCAAGCCGUCAGCUAUGAGAAAUCUCUCAUUUACUGCUCUCCUAAUACUUGUAAGUCAAUUGCUUCUGCUAUUAGUAGAACGUGUGGCUCUCCGUUGACAAAUGACCUUGGAAAGUAUCUUGGGAUGCCUCUUAUCCAUUCCAGGGUGAAUAAGCAUACUUAUAAUGGGAUUUUUGAUAAAGUUCAGAACAGACUCUCUAGCUGGAAAAGUAAGGCCCUGAGCAUGGCUGGCAGACUAACUCUGGUGAACUCUGUCACUUCUUCUAUUCCAAUUUAUACUAUGCAGACUGCUAAGCUCCCCAUGAGCCUUUGUGAUAAGCUUGACAAGCUGAAUAGAGAUUUCAUAUGGGGAGACACUACUGACAGGAAGAAAAUUCACUUGGUUAGCUGGGAUGUGGUGUGCCAACCAAAGCAACUUGGUGGAUUAGGCAUCAAAAAGACUGAGGUUAUGAAUCAAGCCAUGCUUGCUAAGGCAAGCUGGAGAUUGUUCAUAAAUGACUCUGGCCUAUGGGCUAACAUCUACUCCAAAAAAUAUCUGAAGGACUGCAGCUUGUUGGAUGAAAAUUAUUUACCUCCUUCUGAUUGCUCUAGCACUUGGAGAAGUAUUGUUCAUGGAGCUUCCUUGUUGAAAAAGAAUCUUAAAUGGCGUGUUGGUGACGGUAAAACCAUUAAAUUCUGGUCUGAUAGUUGGAUUCUACCCAAUGCCCUCAUCAACUUUGCUCUUCCUUCUGCCCACAUUAACCCAAAUGCCACUAUUUGUGAUUUCUGGAAUGAUACUGGCUGGGAUCUUGAUCUCCUCUCCUCUGUUGUGCCAAAUGAGAUUAUCAGCCUCAUUAUUAAUGUUCCUACUGGUUUUGAGGGUUGUGGAGAUGAUACUUUAAUAUGGGGUGCUACUUCAAAUGGCUGCUUUACUGUGAAAUCUGCUUACAGUUCUACUUUUGACUUCUCUGUGCAGAAUCCUCAAUGGAAAACUUUAUGGAAGCUGAACUGUCCUCCCAAGCUUAUGACUUUUAUUUGGACUGUUUUUCACAGGAAACUGCUUACUAAUAUGCAACGAGUCAGAAGAGGUCUCACUACUUGUGCUACUUGCCCAUUAUGUUUAAGUGCAGAUGAAUCUCUCAUCCACCUAUUUAGGGACUGUCCCAGGUCUAGUGCUAUUUGGAGGUCUAUGCUUAAACCUGGUACCAUUCUUAAUUCCUUUUCUCUUGAUUGGAAUGGGUGGAUUGCUGCCCAACUCCACUGUCACACCAAGGUUCAUAACAAUAUUUCAUGGUGCAAUUUGUUUGUCUUUGUGUGUUGGUACAUCUGGAAAUGGAGAAAUAAGCAAAUCUUUGAUCCUGCCUUUACCAUGCCUAUUUAUCCUUUGAAAGUCAUUCUUGAUUAUGCUGAUGAGUGGAUGGGAGCCCAAAUUAAGGCCAAAGUUACUGAUAUGUAUAGCUACUCUAUGCUCUGCUGGUUAAAGCCUUCGGAGAAUUCCUACAAGCUGAAUAUUGAUGGUACCAGAGUUUCUCCUUCUGGUAAGAUUGGUGCUGGUGGGGUCAUUAGGGAUCACCUUGGUUUAUGGAUUACUGGCUUUCAAAUUAAUCUUGGUUCUGGUGAUAUUCUAGAGGCUGAAGCCUGGGGCCUCUAUUAUGGUCUCAAAUUGGCUACUAAGCAUCAUUCUAUUAACUUGGUGGUUGAAUCUGAUUCUGCCAUUUUGGUCCAGUUGAUGCUAAUGCCUGAUCUCUCCCUCCAUCCUCUGGGAUCCUUACUCAAUGGAUGUAAGCUGCUUAUGUCUAAUUUGAACAAUGCUCAGCUCACCCAUGUGUUCCGGGAAUGCAACAUGCUUGCUGAUGCAUUAGCAAAGAAUAGCAUCAAUCAUGAUCUGAGCAUCAUCACUUUUGAAAGUCCCCCUAUCCAUGCUGCUCAGGCAUACUUAGAAGAUAUUGCUGCUGUGUCUAGAGUCAGAAGAUCUGGCAUGUGCUAUCACACUUAGUUGUUCUUUUUCUUUUGUUUGGGUCUUUUUGACCCCGCUUGUAACCAAAAAAAAAAAAAGAUCUUAUCAUUCAUCCUGAAAUAAGUAAAUGAUCUUACAACUUCCGCCUGUGAAUGGUAACAGUUGUCAUGUAUUUGCCAUAAACUAACCUGCAAUGUAAAAAACCAGAGCAGUAAAUAUUAAUAGUGGGAAAUUCUACAGUACUGGGGUGUAUCCCAUACUGUUUGUUUGAUGAAUAUUUGUGACCGUCAGAUCCACAAUAUAUCCAAUGGUCGUGGAUAUUCGAAUCAAGUUAACCUAUUUAGCCGGUAACUGGUUCAUAUGAUAUGCCACCACGACUCUCUCUCUCUCUCUCUCUCUCUCUCUUUGCGUGACUCUGCCUCCCCACUGCUCAUCCAGUCGUCUUCAGCCUCCAGCCCACGGGUUCUCUCUGUGCGGCAAAGACCCUCUCCGUCUCAGCGUGUCUCCUCGAUCGUUGAGGCGUCGAUGGUGACGAACUAACGGUGGUAACUCGGCUCUUACUUUUCAAUCGAUCUGUAUCACAUGAACAUCUCGACUACUUUCUGGGUUUUCAGUCGAAUAGCCUCGAAGUCUUGAACUUGGUUGCUCUCUUCCUCAAGCAGCAAAGCAGAUAGCCUGAAACAAGCUUGGUUAGUUGCUGAAAUCAAGCUUGGUUAGCUGGUUCUGAAAUUGGCAUUCAACAAUUUAUGUUCUUAAAUUGUUCUUUUGUUGCUGAUAUUGCUUGCUUUUAUGUUUUGGGGUUUACUUUCGAGUUUGUGAAGAGUAAAGAUUGAUUCUUUUCUCAUGUAAAUUGAGGGGAUUGAUGGGAGUUUGAAGAAAUGGGGUUUUUGUUGUCAGUUAAAACGGGCUGUGUGUCCUGCUGAACAAAGUUUGAGUCUUUUCUCAUGUAAAUUGAGAGCCCUGAAGGGAAUUUGAAGACAUAGAACAGUGGAUGGUAAAGCUUCAAACUGUUAUUUGGUUGGAGGGCAAUAUCGACAGAAUGAAUCCUCUGCAGAUUUCAACUACUCCACAGGAUUAUGGGCACUAAUUACGGAUUUAGAGUGCUCAUGAUUUGACUAUGUUUGUAAAAACUCAAGAGGAAUUUGAUGAAGACAGGGUCAGUAAAAUGCCAGAUGAUGUUCUCUGCUUUCAGGUCAGCUGUUCUGUACAUAUUCUUAAACACCAUUGUGGAGAGGAGACCUCAUGUAUUCCAAAAGAUGAAGAACCUAGCUGUGAUCGCGUGCACGUGUAACAUCUUCUGCUUGUAUCUCAAGGUCCUAGGACGUCCUGCUGAGUAUCAAGUUCUAAUCAUUGGUAGUCACGACUUUAAUGCUUUGGCUAUCGAAGUCAUCACUGAAGUGAACGAACUGAACAAAGAAAUGAUAUAUCGUCAUUGUGUGCUGGUGGAUGAUGCAUGGCCUGUGGUUAGUACCGUUGAUCUUGAUUUGAUUGUGGUAGAAUUUGGGAUUGUCGUAAAUAUGGGGCUUAAGGAAUUUCAGGAUAUUUUAAGAAGAUGGAGGCGAGAAUUGGCAUUUAGAGGGGCCAUUUUUAAAAGUCCUCCGAACAUUUCUUUGGUAUCCAGGAUUGGGAGAUCUCAUGUAUGUGUAUGACAAUUGUAAAUAAAGUUGCUGACAGUUUAUCAAAGCAAAGUCUGGUAAUGGACUAUGGUGUUGUCUACAUGAACUUCCCUUCUGCGCAUUUUACUGGAAUUUAGCUUGAAGCUUUAAUAGGCUUGUGCCUGAUUGUAGCUUGCUUUAAUUUGCUUUCUUCUGGGCCUACAUGGGUGGCCAAAACUGAUUCUAAUUCUGCUUCUGAAACAUGAGGUUUAGAACCAAAAGCAGUGGUUAACUUCUUGGUACGAGGAAAAUGUUAUUUUCUUGUAUGUUCUAUAACAACCAAACUCAGUGGUUAACUUUUUGGUAUGUGAAUAUUGUGUUUCUUUUCUUUUA